GCCCCGCGCGCCCGCCGGCCCGGCCCCGCCCCGCCCCGAGCAGAGGGCGCAGCCCCCAGCCGGGCAGGCCCCAAACGGCAGUUGGGCGGUUAGGAGUCGCGCCGCUCCUCCUACGCAGUGGACUCCUUCGAGGCGGAAAACUUGCCAUGUCGGCUGCGGAGGCGGGAGGUGUUUUCCUCAGAGCUCGGGGCAGGACCCUGGACGCGUUUUCCUCAGAAAAGGAAAGGGAAUGGAAAGGCCCGUUCUACUUCAUCCAAGGUGCAGACCCACAGUUCGGACUGAUGAAGGCCUGGUCCACUGGGGACUGUGACAGCGGCGGCGACGAGUGGAAGCAGGAGAUCCGUCUGACUGAGCAGGCCGUCCAGGCUAUCAACAAGCUGAGCCCCAAGCCCAAGUUCUUUGUUCUGUGCGGGGACCUCGUCCAUGCCAUGCCCGGGACGCCCUGGCGGAAGGAGCAGACGGAGGACCUGCAGCGGGUGCUCAGGACCGUGGACAGCGAGAUCCCACUGGUCCUUGUCAGCGGCAACCAUGACGUGGGCAAUGUCCCCACCCCCGAGACCAUCGCGGAGUUCCAGCAGACUUGGGGAGAUGACUAUUUCAGCUUCUGGGUUGGGGGCGUCCUGUUCCUCGUCCUCAACUCCCAGUUCUUAUACGAUGCCUCCAUGUGCCCUGCCUUGAAGCAGGCCCAGGACCAGUGGCUGGACCAGCAGCUGAGCAUCGCAGGGCAGCGGAAGUGCCAGCACGCCAUCGUCUUCCAGCACAUCCCGCUGUUCCUGCAGAGCGUCGACGAGGACGACAGCUACUUCAACCUCACCAAGCUGGUGCGAAAGGAGAUGGCAGACAAGUUCUCCCGAGCAGGUAUCAAAGCUGUGUUCUCAGGCCACUACCACAGAAAUGCCGGGGGCACCUACCAGGACCUCGACAUGGUGGUAUCAUCUGCCAUUGGAUGCCAGCUGGGCAAAGACACCCACGGGCUCCGAGUCGUGGUGGUCACCGCUGAGAAGAUCGUCCAUCGAUACUACAGUUUAGAUGAGCUGAGUGAGAAGGGAAUAGAAGACGAUCUGAUGGAUUUGUUGAAGAAAAAAUGAUUGCCGAUUAUGAUUUAUUCACUUUUCACUUCUACUUUUUCAUUUUGGAAGAAACGGCAGCUGCACACAACCCCAUAUUGAAAUAAAAAAGUGUACCAGGCAGAUUUGUGAAUUUACGUCCUUUCGCUUCAAUCAGAGAGCUAGGUCCUGUCGUAAAUGAUAUUUAAAAUAGAACUGCCCUCCCUAUGCAAAAGAGAGGGGAGGAGCCUGGGAAUGAAAGAAUAAAUGAUAUUAUUAGAAUCUCUCUGCAUGGGUGAUUGAAUAAGUUCUCCUAAUGAUGUGUCUCUCAACUCUGCUCUGAAUUAGAUGGUUUUCUGGCAUCAUAUGGUAAAUGUCAACCUAUCGAUCUCAGUCACACCCUGAUAUCCAAGUGUGAUCUCUGAUGAUUCUUUGAACAAAAUUCAUCUGAUUAUAGUAAACCGUGGUCACAACUCCCAAAAUGCUAGGCAAAAUGAAGAUCAUCUCCUUUCCUUCCUAACAAAACAAAUAAUUGUGUUCCGUUACCAGAGCCAGAAACUCAUCUGGCUGAGGAGCUGGGUAGCCGACAUUUACUGUUAAAGUCUGGGACAUCUGUUAUGGCCGAUGAUGAAGCGGAUACAAGUCAAAGCUCGAGUUUACCUUCAUGGCGGCUAGAAAAGUCACUUUUGCACAUAAAUCGUCCAUAUUCAAAAACCUCAUCCCGGAGACUAGAACCGAAGCCCUAAAAGGCCGCCUCUGCAGUCAUGGGCAGCACGUCUGAUUCACUCACGUUCACAUUCGCUGCUGCAGUAACUCCCUCCGCAUGUGGAUGUUCUCGUGUGAUCGGAAUCAUCCUCCGUUUAUGAGACUCUUAGCUCUGUCUACUUUGACAGAAAACAUGGGAAUUGAUGCAGAGUUCUUCAGAAACCAAGCAGAAAUUCCUGUGGGGCAAAAACAGUGCUUUUAGCCAUGUUAUCUAAAUUGGCACCAAUUUUGAUUAGAUGUGCUGGUGCAGGAUCCCUUGACCAAGGAGCGUGGAUGGGUUAAAAUCAGCAUUGUCUUUGUUUAAUCUACCUCGCUGCUGCUUCUCUGCGGCUCCUGACCACUGCGUAAUUUUAUCCAUGCCGCCUUUUCCAGCAGUCAUCCUGGUGGACAGGGAGCCUGGGUACUCGCCAUCCUGCCAGGAAAACUUCACAGCGUUAUGCAGUAGCAUUCAGUCAUUCUAACAAAACAAAACAAAAACACAAAAAACUGGUUGCAAAUGAACUGCAAAGUCCAUUAAAUUAAAAGACUUUCAUGUUAAAAAGCUUCAGUCAGUGUAGCAAAACCAUGUGAAAUUAAAUAGAAAGGUAACUGGAUAUAUAAAUUCAUAAGGAACAAAAGACAAGAAGUUAAUUUUACUACAGAUCAGUGACACACCAUAGCUCAUUGUUAUGUGGCAAGAAAUUAAAAAUUUUCAAAAUUAGAAUGCUCCUGUUUUAGAGUUCUGCUGCAUUCUUGCUUCGCAUUCGUCUUUCUUGACAACAGAUGGGGAUAGAAGAGAUCAAGAAGGGGAAUUCAGUAAGAGGCGUAACGCAUAAGCCAUGCGUUUGAGGCCUGAGAUGUGGUAACUUCAGAAUCGGACGUGAGCAACGUGAACCAGGACCAUCAGUGCGGAUGUGGGUCUCCUGGGGGAAACGGGGAGAGUUUAAUCACCACGGACUGGAGCUCUCUUAGUCACGUCACCUGUGCAAAAUGCUCUAGACUGUGGCACUUGGGUUUGGGAAGGAUAUGGGAAUAAUUAAAAGUAAUUGAAAUGAAACUUCUAAAUCUCCUUCUCCAAAAACCUAAUAAGGGAGAUAAUUGAUUCAAAACACAGCAAGAAUAUGCUACGAAUAGGGAAUCCUAUGAAAUUCUCACCAUUUUUAAAGUAACCAAACAGCAGUAUUCCCCAGUGGUGAUAGGUUCAGAAAGCAGUUAGGAAAUGAUAGUGUAUCAUUCUGAUAAUAAUUACCAAUGCGUUCACUUAUGAGUCCUUUUUCUUUAAAAAAAAAAAAAGACAUAUAUUUUUUAAGUGCCUUAUACUGGGAUAAACAAUAAAACACACCAUGAUCAUAAGUGCUAUGGUUUCGAAUGUUUAUUAGGUGCUAAGUACUGUUUUAAGUCCUUUGGCUCAGAGAGGUGGGGCCGCUUGGCCAAGGUCACUCACCUCACCAGUGGGGAGCGAAGGAUUGAGAUACAAACAGUCCAGCUGUUGAGCCUACGCUCCCUGACAUUAUCCUCUUUCCCGGAAAACGUUUUUCACAGGUGAGAGGUUUGUACCCGCUCUUGGCAACACGGCACCCAGUUAGCUGGAGGCCCUGGGACUUCAUCCCAGCGUUUGUAAAGCCUAGGCAAGGCCCAGAAGCCCCUUCUCUGACACCAGGUUCAGGGUGGCAAAAGCCUGUCCAAGGAGCAGGUCGUUCCAGGCAGAGAAUUUUCACUGGAGGAGAUUGAAAAGCUGAAUUGAACCGUAAUGGGCCACAGGACACAGCUCUGGCCACAACAGUAAACACUUCAUCAGAUGAAGCUUCCCUUCUUGUUUAUAGUUUUUACCCCAGCGGGUAGGAAGCCAGCAUCUCUCUCAGGGCAGAGAGGGCCACCUAAUGCUCCCCCCCUCCAAUUAAUCAUUUUAAUUGGGAAAAAAAUAAGGGGCUGCUAAUGGAGGAAGCUUAUUUAAAGUGAUCUAGAACUGGACUGUCAGGACUCAAGGGUGGGUUUGUGAGUAGCAGGUGGGGAGAUGAUCAUCUAACUGCAUUUGGUUUUUACAAUAAGUAAGUUUAUCUCAAGUCUUCAGUCAUGUUUACCCCCAAGUUGGAGAACGGGGAAAAAAUGUAGUAAACUUCAUGGCACUAACAAACAGAACAUUUCAUAAUAUCCUGAUUUUUCAGCAUUGCUAGUUAGUCAGUCCCUAAUAGAGGGUUAUGAGGCAAACACUAGUUUUAAGCCUGACUAAUGACACUAGGACUGGGAAAAGAAUCUAAAAAAGAGUGGACAUAUAUGUAUAUAUAUAACUGAUUCACUUUGCUGUACAGCAGAAACUAACACAACAUUGUAAAUCAACUAUACUCCGAUAAAAAUUACAGUAUGGAGGUUCCUUAAAAAACUAAAAAUAGAACUACCAUAUGACCCAGCAAUCCCACUACUGGGCACAUACCCUGAGAAAACCAUAAUUCAAAAAGAGUCAUGUACCACAAUGUUCAUUGAAGCACUAUUUACAAUAGCCAGGACAUGGAAGCAACCUAAAUGUCCAUCAUUGCAUGAAUGGAUAAAGAAGAUGUGGCACAUAUAUACAAUGGAAUAUUACUCAGCCAUAAAAAGAAACGAAACUGAGUUACUUGUAGUGUGGUGGAUGGACCUAGAGUCUGUCAUACCGAGUGAAGUAAGUCAGAAAGAGAAACACAAAUACCGUAUGCUAACAGUUCUAUUAAAAGCAUAUAUAUAUAUGGAAUCUAAAAAAAAAAAAGGUA